AUCGAAAAAUAAAUCAACUGAUAACAGUUUGACAGCGACUGUCAGAGUUGUCAAAUAUUCGUCUUUUGUAUCCGAAAAUAUGAAAAAUGCACGGGCGUGGUUACAUUUUAAGACAUGAAAUAGUGAUAAGAACAUGAGCAGUUCUGAUGACCUGAACACCGGAAGGGGUCGACGAUGGCGUCACAGGAAGCAGGACGAUUCCGACGACGAGGAAGGAAGUUGUGAUAGUAUCAAGAAUACAGAAUCAAAGAAAAGUGUAACCACAUCCGUGUAUUCCGGAGAUUUUACAGAUUGUUCUGAGAGGAACGUUAAUUCGAGCAGAGAUUCUUAUGAUACAGACUGGGAGGAGAGUGAUGAUAAUGUUAGUAUAACAUCUUGUCAGCUGCACAGAGUGCAUAGCAGAGUGAAUAUACCUCGCCAGUCUGUGACAAGUCUCGUUGACAGUGAAAUGAACCUCAUAGGACGAGUCGAAGAACAACAAAAUUUUGCCAAUGCAUCUUCCACUUCUAUGAAAUGAAUAUACGUUGAAUUGUUAAUUUUAUAUUCCUAAUAAUCAAUGAAUUUUUAUUCCUUAGUAUUUUUUGUGAAUUUAAUCAUUGUU